GCGUUGGGGUUGAAAGUGGGACAGAGCACCCUUCUGGUUAUUGACUUAUUUAUUGGAUAAAGAGUAGAGCCAAUGCGAACAGUUUCUUCCGUCAACCGGAUUUCACUUCUUCCACUUUGAGUUGUUUCUUUUUCCUGUAAACACACAGCCUCAAAAGGUCUAUUGUUGCAAUGGAGACACAGCUUUCAUGGCGAGUGAGAUUAUCCUUCAAGAACGCUACUAUUUUCAUUACUGUUAUGAAUGUAAUCGCUUCUCUUUUCAUGCUUCACUUCUUUCUGUCGUCGCGUAACAACCUCUCCUCUAAUCAACUCAGUUCAGUUCAGCUCAAGUACAUCAAAGAAUCAGAAGAAAUUCGCCUUGCUAUGCAACCGCUGGAGCUUAUAAAAAGAGUGAGGGAAAUUCAGCAAGAAGUAAACACAGAACCCAAAAAUGCUCAACAGAAAGAUGCAAAGCAGACAGCAGCAGUUGAUCUUUCUAAUAGGUUGAAGGAUCUACAUUCUGCCAAUGAUGCUGCCAACUUAAAAGCUUUAGAAGAAUGGCGGAAACGAAAAAUGGAGCGAGCCAGGCAACGUCAGCUGGAAAAAAAUGCUACUACCACCUCUCAAGCAUGAGUCACAUUCUGCCCCAGAUAAGUGAUGCUGUUAAUAAUUGUAGCAUCAAAAGCUCGGAAGACUGCUUUGAGCAUACUUUAAAAUUUAAAGUUCUCAUUCACAUGUUUAUGCAAUAUUUUAGGACGCUUUUUGCUUUUAGCCAUAGAAUAUAACAGUUAUCUUAAUUACAGAACAGUAAUAAAACCAAAACAAAACAGAACAAAAUUAGGAGUCAA